UGGCGGGGUCAGUGGAGGCCCAAGAUCAAGGGUGUCAAAUGCGGACUCGGCACACCUGAGGACUCCAGCCUAAUUCAAUCAGAGCGAGGGGAUUUGAGGAAGUGCCUCCGAGGGCUCAGCCUCAGUCUCUCCCGGAGUCUCCAGCCUCUCUGCCAGGCUCUCUCUCGUCUCCCUAAACGUGGACCUGAAACUCCAGCACCUCGACUUCUGGGCCAGCCUCCAUGGCCAGGUCCCGGGACUGCUGGACUGGGACAUGGGGAACGAGUCCUUUCUGGCCUUCACCACGGCGCACCUGCCCUUAGCCGAGCAGAACCUUGCCAGAUAUAAACUCCGAAUAGUUGAGCCACCAAAACUACCUCUGGAAAAAAAACCCAACCCUGAUAACGAUGGUCCAGAUUUCGAGCCGAACCUGUGGAUGUGGGUAGACCCCAACAUCGUGUUCCCCCCUGGAAAGCUGGAGGUCUCAGAACCCAGUAAGGGGGAGAAUCUGACAAGCACAGACCCCUCCCCUCAGCUGCCCCCCAAGGAAGAAGACUUUGCCAAGUGCCCAGAGGCCACAGUGGCGGAGUCGUCGUCACCUUCCAGAGAGCAGUCUCCCCCUCGGAAGCGGUUUGCCUCUUCCCCCAGCAACUGGAAGCUCACAGAAGAGGAGGAGGCUGAGGACCAGGAUGACAGCUCCUCUAUGGCUCUCCCGUCCCCUCACAAAAGGGCCCCCCUCCAGAGUCGGAGGCUUCGGCAAGCCAGCAGCCAGGAGGGGAGGCUCUGGUCCCGGCCCCCUCUCAAUUACUUCCACCUAAUUGCACUGGCAUUAAGAAACAGUCCCCCCUGUGGCCUCAACGUGCAACAGAUCUACAGUUUCACUCGACAACAUUUCCCCUUUUUCCGAACGGCUCCUGAAGGCUGGAAGAAUACUGUGCGUCACAAUCUCUGUUUCCGAGACAGCUUUGAGAAAGUGCCAGUCAGCAUGCAGGUGGAGGCCAGCAUGCAGGCGGAGGCCAGCACACGGCCUCGAUCCUGCCUCUGGAAGUUGACUGAGGAGGGACACCGGCGCUUUACAGAGGAAGCCCGCUCCUUGGCCUCCACUCGGCUGGAAAAUAUCCGACAGUGCAUGAGCCAGCCAGGUGUGAGGCCUUGUCACCUGUGGGGCCGAGGGGAGGGGACCUGAAGAUCCCAACCCAAGGCUGAGUGUGCAGUGAAAGAGCCUGGGUCACACCAUGGCGGGGGGCACCUUCUGUAAGAAGGGGACAGGACAGCAGUGGUCUGAGUCCCUGGGAUGGUGCCUGCCACCCCCCUCCCCCACCAAACUUGGAAUAUGAGGUCCCGGGAGUUGAUGGAGAAACAGCUAAGGUGCAGCUGGCCCUCCAGCCCAGCAGCCCAGGGAAACAGUGACCACACGAUGUAAGGGGCAAGGUAUGAGAGGUUCUCUGCAGAGAGAGCUUUUCCUGGAGAGCAGGUGGCAUUUGGGCCCUGAGGUAGGAGAAGUAGAUCACUGGCCGCAAGAGAGCGUCCCAGGCCUGGGGACCAGCAGCUGCGCAGGGCAGAUAGACCCCUUUGAUUUUCUUCUUUCCUUACAGAUGUGAUGCCCUUCCUUUUUGACCUUUAAGUCCAAGAACCAGGCGUCAGCCCGUGCCUUAUUAAAGUUGUCUGCAGCAGCCUGGUGUGCGUGUGGUCUCUGAGGAUGGGGUGGGGUGAAGGCCAGCUCUGAGGUGUGAUGGCCAUUGUAUUUGAGGAGGUGCCUUCAUUUUCUGUCCACUUUUUCAGCCCUUAACCCUUGCAGUCUGUCUCACUGUAAAACCCGACUGCCUCCUCCCUAGUCUCUGAAACGUUGUAUUCCUUUUUUUUUUUUUAACUUUUUUUUUAUUGCGUUAUAGUCAUUUUACAAUGUUGUGCGAAACUUGGUAUUCCUGAAGUACAUGACCCAUGCCCUACCAGACCAAAAUCUCUACCUUUGAAGAAAGGCCUCAGUUCAUUUGCUUGGUUUGCACAUUUUCAGUAACACAAUCUCACCCUGCUCAUCCGUCCAUCACCACAACUACCUCUGCUGUACCCACUCCAGCUUUGCAUUCAUUCUGGAACAUGCACCAGAAAGGAGGGGUGCUAGGCCAAAAGCUCUUACUAACCCUAGGGGGCGCUAUGGCUGCCGCAAGGACUUAGGGGACUGCAGUCAGGCCCAGAAGUGUCAGGUGUCGGUGCAGGAGGUGGUCUCUCACCUUGAAAAACUGACCCCCAGACCUAAGGCCAUUGAUAAUGAGCUGAGCCAAGAACCUAACCGGGUUUUACACCUAAGCCGGAAGUAUUUGUCAUAUCAUUUUAUUAUACGCUUCAUUUUCUAGGAAUGCAACUCUUCUGUAAAAUGAAGGAAGAUUGUACUUUUUUUAGUUUGGAAGUUUACCAAGACUUGUUUGCCAUUUCGGAAAAUCACUUCGCUGACAGCAAAUCUGCUCUGGUAUUUAAGUCACCGAUAGCACAUGCCUGAAUCGGUCUGUGUUUGUAUCUGUUGUACUCAGAGAUUUUACAUGUUUAAACAAAUAUUUAGCUAUUUCACGGUAGCCGAUAAAAGAAAAACAAUCUUCAAUAGUCAUUUGAAUGUCAUAUCGUAAAUCUAAGCUUUCACUAUACUGUACAAAUUUCCAACUAUCUUAUGUUUUAAAAAGUUUAUCCAUUGAAAUACAUUUUUUAUUAUAAAUUUCUCUCCCUUUAUUUUUCUGUUAUAGUUAACAGCGUUACAGUUUGAUCUUUUUAAAAUUCUAUGUAUAAGUAGGUUAUUUUAUCAGUAAGAUUCAUUUCAGGUAAAGAUGGUUCUUACAAAACAUUUGCUCUAUGUCUAGGGUGUUAAAGCUGAUGAAGUAAAAAAACCACCAAACCAAGCAAUGUAUAAGAUACAGUCCCUGUGCCAGAGGUGCUCACCAUCAGUGACCUUGGCAACCAGUGAGGACAAAAAUGGAAUAAGUCACAUCCACAUCCAAACCCCAGAGCCCAGCGUGAAGCCUGUUAGGUAGUAAGAAGGCUCUGUUUGCUAUAAGUUGUCACUAGUAUCUUCUCUAACAGGCAGAUUCCCUGUUCUCUGGAAGCACAGAGAAGAGGGCAAUUAGCUCAGGAGGCUGGGGAAGACUUCUUACAGGAGAGUUAGCUUGGGAUCUUUUUCCAGGUCUGGAAAACAAUAGCUAGUACUUCUCCGGAAGUGCUCAAAGGCAGCCCUGCCUGGGGGUGUGGGAUGCUAAUGCUCCCAGGAGGCAGGAGUGAAGGCUGGGGAGGUGGGGGAGAGCAAGGAUGGGAUAGGAAGAAAAAGCAACUAGUGCCAGGGAAGAGACAGGACAGACUGAUGCAGGUGUGCGGCUGGAGCAAGUCAGGAACUGCUUUUCCCUGGCCCACCUGCAGGUGCUUUGUGCCAAUUUUCUCCUCCUGGACUAUCUGGAUGCUAAUUUUUAUGUGCUAUCCACCAGUGGAGUGGGUGGAGGGGCCAGCUCAUUAAUGGCAUCGGCUCUGGGCCCACCCAGCACUCUCUGCAGCCAGAGCCCCUCUGAUCUGUCCAGCUCCCAGGAAGAAGGAGAGGAUCCUGAAUCCUAAGCUCUGGUUUCAUCUGAUUUGGACUCAACUUGUCCACCUCACCUGCACUUUGUGCACAUCCUUAUCCCUGUUCACGUUCUUGUCAAGGUCUGGCUUAUGCUGCAAGUGGAUCCCAAAAGGCAACAGAUCAGAAGGAACGAACAUACAAUACAGCUUUUGUGGGAAAAAGGGCCCUGAGAAAAAUCUGCCUUUGCCCAUUUGGUCCUCUAAUAGAAUAUUACACUCCUACGCUUACCUCCUCCCUUUUUCUCAUUCAACAACUAUUGGUUUUGAGCUUUCAAAAUGCCAGACCCUCUGCCAGGUGCUAGGGAUACAGUAAAACCCAAAAUGGUUCCUCCCUCACAGUCUAGAUAGAAAGAUACUAAACAGAUACACUAAUUAUGUACAAUAUUGUAAAUAUUAAUAAGUUUAGGUUAUUGUGAGAGAAAACAAUAUGGGUACUUAGCCCUAAUUGAAGAGGAGUUCAGAGAAGGCCUUUCUAAGAAAGAUAUUUUAACUGAGACCUGUUUAAUGAGUAUCCAGGCUGAAGCAUGGGAAGGAAAAGUGUUGUAGCAGAGGGAACAGAAUGGACAAACCCUGGGAGGUAGGAACCUCCUCACCUUGGCCUAUUGAGAGUGGAGCUGGGCCAUGGUGUCCAGAAUACAGUAACCAAGGUGAAGUGGGGAGGGAGACAGAGACUAGACCUUUCUAGGCUAUGAUACGGAAUUUUGAUUUUUUUUCAAAUGUAGUGGAAAACAAUUGAAGUGACUGACAUAAUUUGAUUUUUUUUUUUGAUGAUGUUUAGCCACUCAUUGAAAGUGAUUUGUAGGGGCAAAUGUGGAAGCAGGAAGGCUUAUUGGGAGGUGACUGCAGAGCCCAGGAGGGCUGGGGCAGUGGCUGUGGAAAUGGACAGAAAGCAGCAGCCGGAUUUGAUGAUGUCACUUGGAGGCAGAAUCAACAAGGCAACAGGAUUGAUGGGAUGCAGGAGGAGAGAGGAAUGACGCUGAGGUUUUGGGUUUGAGUGACUGGGUGAGUGAUGAGGAGGGGAAAUCUGUGUUGGAGCAGCAAUUCUGAGCAGUUUUGUAUUUAGAGUCUCUGAGACGUCAGGGUGGUCCUGUCAAGUAGAUAAUUGUUGUAAGUUCAGAAGGUAAGUCUGAGCUGAGGAUGUAAAUACAUUUGAGAGUCAUGGGGGCACAGAUAGUAUUUAAAUCAUACUCUAUGUACUGAUGGAGAAAGAUUUACAAUACAUUUUUAGGGAUAAAAAAACAGUAGCAAAACAGUACAUUUAAUAUGACUCCAAAUGUGACAGAAACUAUGUUCAUCUAUACAAAUAUGUUGUUUAAGCAGAGAAAAUGUCUUGAAGAAUAUAGGUAUCAAACAGUAAUAGUCAUCUUUGGGGAUUGGCAGGGGGCAAAAGAUAUGGAGGAGAAUCCCUUUUUAUUUAUGGCCUUGGUAUAGUUUUUUUUUUUUAAACAAGAAAUUGCUUCUUACAUUUUAGAAAUAAACACAACCCUUUGUUAGCCUGUUUUGUACCUUGAUGCUAUUAGUCAGCAGGCUGUUUAGCUGCAUGCUUUCUUUUUCUUAACAUCAAUUUUUAUUUAUUUACACAUUUGGGGGGUAAUUAGGUUUAUUUAUUUUAAUGGAGGUACUGGGGAUUGAACCCAGGACCUUGUGCAUGCUAUGCAUACACUCUACUGCUGAGCUAUACCCUCCCCCCUAGCUGCAUGCCUUCUAGGCUCCUUCCCAGCACAAACUCCCACCCCAUGGACAAGUUAACCCCAGGAUGCCUGGAAUUUGAUGAUUUUAACUUAAGUUGACAAACAUGCAUAGACGACUCCUUGCUGCUGGAAUCAGGCAUGACCAAGACACAGUCCCUGCACUUGAGGAACUAUUCAACUAUUGGGUUUUCAACUGACUACUAAACAAAAUGACAACAAGAUGUGAGCAAAGGACCUUGGAAUAGAAAAAUUAAUUCUGCAGGGUCAACUCUGGAAGGCUUCACAAAAAGGGUGACAUUUCAUUCAUUCAAUAAGGAAUUGAUCUAGGAGCUUAUGAACGGAUUGAGAGCUUACCAUGUGCCAGACAAAGUCACCAGGCUUGUGGAAAUUCCAUUCUUAUUCAUAUUUCGGAGGCUCAUAGAACAGAAUUAUCAGGCAGAGCUGGAAAGAAGUAAAUUCUAUGCAGAAGGGACCAAGGGCUCGAGAUGCUAAAGUGCACAGAAGCAAUAGGAUGGCAGGAAUAUUGCCCAGAGGAGGGCUUGGAGGAAGGAGAUGGAAGGGGGAAGUGUGGGGAAUAAGGCUGGAAAGGAGGUUGUAGGGGGUGUAUAGCUCAGUGGUAGAGCACAUGCUUAGCAUGCACAAGGUCCUGGGUUCAAUCCCCAGUACCCUCGUUAAGGGAAAAAAAACCCAAAAAGAAAAGAGGUUAGGAAACAUAGUAUAAAAGGCUUUGAAAGUCAUGCUGCCAAGUUUAGACUUUUCCUGAAGGCAAUUAGGAAACAUUAAAUUAAUCAGAAAGUUACUUUAGACACUUCCUUAAGACCAGAGUCUGGAGGAUAAGUGGAGCUGAAAUAGACUAGACACUUGGAAAUCACUUAGAAAGAUUUUCCAGAAAGAGAGAAAGGGAAUUGAAAUAAAGUAUGCUCAUAAGUUAAAAAAAAAAGUGGAGAAUAGAUUUUAAACCUCUCAGAAAUCCAGUAAGACAGCUGGUGCAGGGUGGAUAUGGGGACUGAGAAAAAGGGAGUAUCAAAGAUAAAUUACCCUAAAACUCCAGGCUUUUAGCUUGGUGAUAUCAUCCCCGCGGAGGAUGAAAACAAGUGAUGUUCCAAAGAGGAAGACGCUGAAUUCCAUUUCACACGGUCCAGUUCAGAUGGCAGCCAAAUGAACCCUUGGUAGUGGAGGGCUUUAGAGGACAAUUUCAAAAGCAAAAUUGCCAAGGGCUGAGAAGUUAGAAGUUGAAGUAGACAGUUUACACUACUCCAAAGCAGCUUUGGAACAAAUAAGGGAAACGAUGGCUGGAUGGUUGGGAUUUGACAGAGAAUGAGAGGUUUUGGUAGGCAAGUGAAGUAAUAUGUUGCCAUGAGAGUGUAGUGGAAAUAUUCCUGGGAUCCAGUGGAUAAAGCAAAGCCAGGAGGACCUAAGACCUAGACUAGUGAUUCUCAAACUUGAUUGAGCGUCAGAAUCCCCUGAAGGGCUCCUUAUACCACAGAUUGCUGGGCCCCACUCCAGAGUUUCUGGUUCAGGAAGUCUCGGGCGGGGCCAUUAAUUUGCAUUUCUAACAAGCUCCCAAGUGCUGAUGCUGCUGAUCCGGAGGCCACACUUUAAAGGUUUUUAAACCUUUAAACCUGGCCUAGAGCAAAGCAUCUAGUGGCUGGCAGAUGCUCAAUAAUUUUUUGAGUGAAAGGAUGAGUCCUCAUCUUCAGGAAUGGAGGUCUCCCUUCAGUUAAAGACCAGCUGGAAGGUAAGGCCACUACGGGAGGAUGGAAGAUGAUGGUCAGAGCAGAACUUCAGAGUUUGAAUUCAAAGAAGGAGCAAUUUGG